CAGAGUCUGGAGCAGAGCUGCUCGCCGCCAUGAAAACAAUAAUUGCAGCCUAUUCCCAAAACCGUAGUGGGAGCCGCGCCAGCCUCCACGCCGCCCUCCGCACCCUGCUCACGGCGCCCUGGCCCUCGCAGCGCCACCUCCGCUCCUGCCUGCAGCUCCUCGCCGUCCUCCAGUGGGUCCUCAGCUUCCUSCUCCUCGGGGUGGUCAGUCUCCUCCUGCUCAUCUACCUGGUGUUCACCAGCUUCUGGCCCAUUUCCGCCCUCUACCUGGCCUGGGUCAUCUUUGACUGGGACACACCGGAGAAAGGUGGGAGGAGGCUGCCCUGCUUGCGGAGAUGGUCUGUGUGGAAGCAUUUCCGGGACUAUUUCCCAGUCCAGCUGGUGAAGACCCACGACCUGUCGCCCAGCCACAACUACAUCAUCGGCUCACACCCCCACGGCAUCCUUUGCGUCGGGGCCUUCUGCAACUUCAUCACGGGCUCRACGGGCUUCUUGGAGAAGUUCCCGGGCAUCAGGCCCUUCCUGACCACGCUGGCYGGAAACUUCCGCCUGCCCCUCUUCAGGGAGUACCUGAUGAGUGGGGGUCUGUGCCCCGUAACGCGCCAGGCCAUAGGGUACCUGCUGUCCAAGAACGGCACGGGCAACGCCGUGGCCAUCGUCAUCGGCGGCGCUUCCGAGUCGCUCUCCUGCCAGCCGGGAGUCACCACCUUAAUCCUGAAGAACCGCAAGGGCUUCGUGCGCAUGGCCCUGGAGCACGGGGCGCACCUCGUGCCCUCCUUCUCCUUCGGCGAGAACGACCUCUUCCGGCAGGUGGUUUUUGAAGAGGGCAGUUGGAUGAGGAGCAUCCAGAAGCGCAUCCAGAAGAUGAUGGGCUUCGCCCCCUGCGUCUUCUACGGACGGGGCCUCUUGUCCGUUCGGUCGCGGGGCUUUUUGCCCUACCCCAAGCCCAUCACGACCGUGGUGGGGGAGCCCGUGACRGUGCCCAAGAUCGCGGAGCCGAGCCGCGAGACCGUGGACCUCUACCACGAGAUGUAUGUGCGCUCGCUGCUCAAGCUCUUCAACGAGAACAAGACCAAGUACGGGAUGUUGGAGACGGACGAGCUGCGCAUCGUGUGAGCGCGGCCGUGCGGGGCCCGCCGCUCCCCACGCGCA